CGACUAAAGGAGAAACUAUUUAAAUCUCUAAUGAACAAUUUGACUCCAGGUCACUCAACUCUCACUGGUCUCAGGCGUACACGAACAACAGUCUCACUGAUACUUGGAUCAUUGGACAUAAACUCACCGAACACACGAGUAACUGUUCAAAAGAGCCGGUUAUCUUUACAUCGACGGACUUCACAUUUGUUUGCGUGAGAAAGAAAUGAAAAAUCUAACUUUUUCUUUGUGGGUUGUCCUACUUUGUGCAAUUGCGCUCUUUGCGUCGGGAGUGGAAGACAACGAACUUUUCAAAGAUGAGGAGUUCAAAGUGCUCUACGACGACGAGGCGAUCCAUGACCGGAUCACGUACAACAUGAGGAAGAGCCUGAAUCUUGACGUGGACGGCUGUGUCCUUCUGCCUGGUGAGAAGAGGAGUCUGCAGAAGUGUGGCUUCAACGUCACAGCCAAGACCUUCUUCAUCAUCCACGGCUGGACGACGAGUGGGAUGUUUGAGAGUUGGAUGCAGAAGCUGGUGGCGGCCAUGAUGCAGCGAGAACCGGAGUCCAACGUGGUCAUCGUUGAUUGGCUUCCCAUGGCCCACCAGCUCUACCCCGACGCUGUCAACCACACCCACCAAGUUGGUCUCAGUGUUGCCACCACCAUUAACUGGCUCCAGGAGGAACAGCAGCUGCCCUUGCAUAAUGUGCACCUGAUUGGCUACAGCUUGGGGGCCCAUGUGGCGGGCUACGCCGGAACAUCUGUGCGAGGGACUAUUGGCAGAAUCACGGGUCUAGACCCGGCAGGGCCCAUGUUUGAGGGGGUGGGAGAUGAUAAGCGCCUCUCAUCGGACGACGCCGACUUUGUGGACAUCCUGCAUACGUACACGCGCGAGGCACUGGGUAUGAGCAUUGGGAUCCAGCAGCCCAUCGGAGACAUUGACAUCUACCCCAACGGUGGAGACGUGCAGCCAGGCUGCUCCCUGCGUGAGAUGCUUACCAGUACAGCUGGAGGAAGCUUCAUGGAUGUGAUUAAGUGUGAACACGAGCGGGCUGUGCUCCUGUUUGUGGACUCGCUGAUGAACAACGAGUACACGAGCCUUGCCUACCAGUGCACCGACCCCGAACGCUUCAAGAAGGGCAUCUGCCUGAGCUGCCGCAAGAACCGCUGCAACAACAUUGGUUACAACAGCAAGAAGAUGAGGAAGAGGAGCAACUGUAAGAUGUACCUGAAGACCCGUGCUGUCACACCCUUCAGAGGCAUCCAUUAUCAGAUGAAGAUGCAUGUGUUCAACAGAAAGCAGGCUGACGAUGCUGACCCAACCUUCCACGUCAAGCUGUAUGGAGCUCACAAUGACACCGAUGACCUGCAUGUAGACUUUCCAAACAAAGUGGGUCUGAACCUGACCAACACCUUCCUGGUCUUCACCGAGGACGACAUCGGGGAUCUGCUGAAGAUUCGUCUGAGCUGGGAGGGGGCCAACGAGUCGCUAGGGUCCAUCUGGAAGAACAUGAAGCAGUCUUUCUGGUCCUGGAACCGCACCGGCACGCCCAUCAACCAGGUGUUGGAGGUCCGUAGGAUCCGUGUCAAGUGUGGAGAAACUCAGAAGAAGUUCACAUUCUGUGCCCAGGACCCCUCAGUGACUGAGAUCUCUCCAGGACAGGUCAUCACGUAUGUCAAGUGUCGUGAUGGCUGGGAGGUCAAACCAAGUAGAAAAAGGUUGCAUAACGUAUAAGGAUUCAGCACUUCAUCAAUCAACGCACCAAUGGCAUGGGACCCAAAGUCGGAAGGCAUGUCUGUAAGGACCCGCCUUUUCUUCAUCUGAGCACUUUGAUUGGAGGAGUGAUGAGCACACGGUGGGAGGCCUUGGACUUGGGAUGCACCUGGAUGUUUACUGGUGGUCACAUGACUCUGGGCUCUGGCCAAUGGGACGGCGGGAGGCUUCACGUGCCGUCUGUCAGGACCUGAGAAUUCCCGGAGUUUUUCUUUGUACAGAGACUGUACAAAAAUAAACGGUUGUGUUAUCCAUCGGACAUUUUCCCCCAACAAACCUAGUCUCUUUACUGUAUAUUUGUAUUAAUUUUCUGAAUUGGAAGCACUGCAAGACCAUGGUUAUUUAUCAAGCACAUUGUUUGAAUAAUUUCCUCUGAUGCAGUGUUUGUGGUUGAGUGAAUGUGUUUGCAUGCAGGUAGUGUGUGGCGUGACCAAGGGUAUGAGCGUGCCUAUUGGCUAGAGCGAGCUUAAUGUGACUACACUGUAAAACUGAAGGACGUGACUGGGCUACAUUCACUUGAUCUUUCACUGUGUUUUGUAGGGUUGCAAAAUUCCCAGGUUUUCCAGAAAUCUUGGUUGGAUGAUUGCGGAUUUGUCCCUUCGGUGUCCGGUCAUAUUCCUUCUGGGAAUUUGGGGAAAUUUUUACUGAAAUUUGCUACCCUACUUCUGUACAACGUGUUGCUAUUGUUAUUUUGAUGUACCCCAUAUGUGGCCGUGUUUAUGUAUAUAAUGUAAAAAAAUUAAAACAAUUGGGGAAGAAAUCACCUUUUUUUGGGGUGUUUUUCUUCAGCUGGAUGACCAAGGUGCUUAAACCUUAAAGGCUGUUUCUUUAACUCAUCCUCAAAGUCAAGAGGAGUUGAAAUUACUGCAGAGGUUUUGAUGUCCGGUUUUACUUAGAUUAGUUUACUACUUUAAGUAUGCCACUUACGUCACCCAAAAAUCAGAUCAUUAUUCCCAGAUGUUCAGUAACCACGAUGCUGAAAAGACUCGUUUUCAACAUUGUUAACGUCUAUGUACGGCCUUCCUGAGGCCAGGAAGUACGGUUGCCACGGUGUCAGAUUCCUUUGCUUGUCUUGGUCAGUGGUAUUGACGGUGCUACUUUUAGUUGUGUUACAGUGCUGGGAAGUAUGGCCUCAUUUUGACGGUGGAAAUGCAACUCUAGCAGAAGUCUACGUAGGCCAUGGUGUGAUGCUGGGAUUAAUCUUAUGGAAUCUAGUAAACAUGCCAAUUCUAAAAAUAAAAAAACUAUGACCCACA